AUGAAAUACGAUUUUUAGGGGAAUCAGAAAUGGAGCACAAAAGUUAGUAAGGGAGAGCUCAUUAAAGUUUAAAAAGAUUGGGCAAUAGUUUUUAAAUAAUCUUCCAAAAGUUUAGUCUAUGUCGAUUUAGAAAUAGGAAAGCCUUUGUACGAAGUUAGUUAUGGCACAUUCAAGGAUGAGCACCUACCAAGGAUGAAGAGUUCAUAGAAAUUUUUUAUAAUGCAUGACUAACAAAACAUCUUUUGGAUUUAAUCCAACCCAAAAGAGAACGAACAAAAUAAUUAAUCUCAUUCAUAAUAAUAAUUUUUUGCAGAAUAAAAAACUAAAGAACCGCUUAGCACAGGAAGUUACUCAACUGGCAGCAACUAUGAAAUUUUAAACAUUUAAAUAGAUAACAAGGAAAACAUUCACGUUCUCCUCUAAUACAAGAAGAGUCAAAUAUGUCUUGGAAUUGUUGAAAUCAACUAACAAGAUGAAACAAACAUUAAGCUUAGGAGAUGUAGAUAAAUGAGUUACAAUUAAAAAAUCAUUUCAUAUGGCUCAGUUAAUGGUUUUUUGAUUUAGAAUAUUAAAGAUGCUGACACUAAAGCUUUAAGAAUAGUUUAUUUUGACAGUUCUACAGCAGAUUUUGAAGAAAAUAAUUUUUCUAUUUUCUCUUCUGAAGAAGAUAUUUAUAGUGCUAGAGAAACUAUUCAUUAAAUUCACACGUUUGACUAGAAUGAAAUAGUUAUUUUUAGAUACGCAAAUUAUUUUGAAAUUUGUAGAUUGACUGCUUUGGACUUAAUUUGCCCAGAUAUUUUUAUAAAAAAGAGAAUGUAUUCCAUAAUUCCAACAUAUAAUUAUCAAAGCGUAUUGUUUCUCUCUUCAUAUAUUGUAAAUUAAUAGGAAGACGUAAAUUCUACUAACUCUUUCAGCGAGAACGAGCUCAAAAAAGAGCUUAAUGCUUAACUCUUUGAUUUGGAAUAAUAUUAAGUUUUUAACUUUAAUAGAUUAGUUUUAGAAGAAAGCAUCCAAUCUGUCUUCACUAAAGUUAACAUGAAAAAUCCAUCUUCCCCUUCAGUGAAUUUAGUCAUAUAAACUAAUAGAUAGCAAGUAGUAUUCAGCCAACUAUUCUAAAAGCAGCAUUUUAUUUAUUCUAUUUAAGAAGGCAGUCUGUAGAAUGAUUUGUCUCCACUUUUUUAUCGUUUUUAUAAAACUGUUAAGAAUCCAUAUCCAUAAACAAAAUUACCUGAAUAGGCAAAUGAUUAUUUAAACCCUUUAAACAUCUUAAUUGGGGAAUCUUGUACAAAGACGGCAAAUGCAAUUAUUAAUAACAUUAAACAUAGAUGGGAGAGAGAUAUAAUUAAUAUAAAAAGCUACUUAUUUAAGCUAAAAAAUGAAUUUUAAAAUUAACAAAAUCAAAUUGAAGAUUCAACUGAAAAUGAUAGAAUGUACGGAUUCGAAUAAAUGAUUUUAAUUCCUACAAGGAAUUUCCUUCUCUUUGCCUACAACUCAGGUUCAGGAAAGCUGAUCUAUAAAUAGAAUAUUAAUGGGUAAAGCGACUCAAAUGAAGUUAUUGGCUUGGUGAGAUUAUCCUUGGAUAGAAAGCAAAAUUAAGGAUUUUAUGUAGAAGAAUGCUAAGAUUAAUUUAUAAUUAUCAUAAAUAAUUCCGAUUACAUAACCUUGCAGUUUAUAGAACCUCUAACGGGAGAAUUGCUGCGAACUGAAAACAUAGACAUGCCUGAAAAGUAAAAAUACAGCUCUUUUAUGAAGGCAAAACUCUCUUCAGAUUCUAAAAAGGAGCACUUACUGUUCUUCACUAAUAAAAAUAGUUUAGUUUUUUAUCCUAGUCUCGAUUUGGUUGAAGACAAUGAAGUAAACAACAGAUUGAAAAAUAGUCAAAUUUUUGUAGUGAAGCAAGAAUUCUCUGAAAUUAAUUUUUACCAAUUAAGCGAUUUGUCAUCUGGUUUGCAACAAAAAUCCUCAAUGCCAAUAAAAGCAAAUCAAAAAUUAAUAAAAAUAACACAGAAUCUUUCAAAACUUGAUUUAACUUAAUAUCAUGAAAGGAUGAUAGCCAUAGAAACAGAAACGAAAGAUGCAUACAGAUGGCUAGAUUUUGAAAAGAGGAUGUUUGCACUUUUAAUACUAAAUGAACACGAAAAGAAAUUAACAAUUAGCGUAGUAGAUACUGUAACAAAUAAAAUUCUUAUCUAAAGAUACAUGGCUAAUGUAAAGGUGAAUUAUCCAAUAGACAUGUUUCUUCAUGAAAACAAAUUAUUUGUAUCCUUCUAUAGCGAUUAUUAUGAUAAGUAAAUCUUGUAUGAAAUGAAACUUUAUUUUAGACACUUCUUAACAAUAUUCAGUCUUCCUAAUCCAGAAUUACCAGUAGACUCUAUUGCUUGCGAUGCAAAAACGCUAUUUUCAGAGUAAACAAUAGGCAAAAUGCACUCAGUAGUUUUAGAUAAUUUGAUUUUCACUAAUUACAACAAUGAUAUCUUAUACAUUAAUAUAUAAAAAUUAAAUGAAACUGAAACAACCUUAUACAAUUCAGGAUUUACUCAGAUCAAUACAGUUCCCCUUUCAUCUAUCUAACAUAUUUACAUCUAAAAGACCUCUUUAACUAGUAGAUACCUUUUAAUCGCUAAUGGUGCUCAAAUAUAUAGUGUUAAUUUCACUCCAUAAGGCAGAUUUGAUACUCUCCCUUUAGAUUUCAAUUACAAUGCAGUAAUAAACUCUAUAGCAAUAGGCUUUACCUUAGUUCUAAUCUCUAAAUGCUUUAAUUUCAUUAUUUAAUCAAAGAAAAAGCAAAAAGACUUUUGA